AUGUCAAAUACACCGAUGAGUGUGAAUGGUCUUAUCAAUACUGGCGGUAGUGGAAGUAGUGGAUCGACAACACAGUCUGGUAUCAGUAGUAAUAACGUCGGCGGGCUGAAUGGUGGUAUCGCUAACUUUUCUGGAUUCGGUGAUUUCCUACAUAAUAUCGAUGAUAAUGCUACCGAUCAGAUGGCGCAACACGGUAUCACUCGCACCAGUAGCAGCACCAACCUCGAGGAUGUCAAGUCGAAUCUCAAAGAUCUCGAGGAUACCUGCGAGUACUACAAGAAGAUCAACUUUAGUUUGAAAAUGAAGAUCUACUACAUGGAGGAGAGUAUCAAGAGUUCCGGUGUCAAUCAAGACACCAUCGAGAUGAACAUCCGCAUUCAAGAGUUGACAUCGGAGAUCGACGAGAAGAAUACACUAAUCAUAAAGCUAAAGAAUGCACUGGAGUCAUUGCAACGACAACACAAUGAACUAACAAAGAGUUGUAUUUGUGAUUUCGGAAAGAAGAUACCUACGGUUGUUCAACAAGUACAACAACAACAGCAUCAACCUUUUGUUCAGCAAUCCUCACAUAUAUCAUCACCACCACCAUCACAAUCUAUUGAUUCAGAGUUAUUAAAACAACAAUUACAACAACAACUACAACAAUUACAACAGUUACAACAACAGCUGCAGCAAUCAGAGAGAUCAAAGAGAGAUGAUGCCGGUAUGGCAAGCAGGAGAAUAAAGGAGUUGGAGGAUGCUCUGAGAAUGGCAAACAGUAAAUUAGACUCGAAAGAUAACGAUAGUGAUUCGAAUAUACAGAGAAUCCUUAAUGAUUAUAAAGUACAGGUGGAACAUAUUGGAUCGUUAGAGGAUGCCAUUCGUAAAUACAAGCGUGAAUAUGAUAAUAUCUCUGAUAAAUACUCACAGCUUGAAAAGACAAGUGGUGAACGAGACAGAGAACGUCAACGGCUGGAUUCAACGAUUGAAGCGUUGCGUGCCAAUAACGAAUCACUCAAGAACAGCUUCGAGUUGCUAAAGUCAAACUAUGAGAGUUUGAAGAGCAAGUCGGAAGCGUUGAAGAACCAGGUCGAGAAGCUAAAAACACGUUGUCUCGAGUUGGAAUCGCUUGUCAUUGCCAAGGAGAACGAACUCAAUGCUCUGAGGGAGGAGUUGAUAGCGGCGUCGAGACACUCGCACGAGGAGGAGCGUCAACGAGUGGAGGACAUCACCGCACUGCGCAACCAGGUGAAGCGUCUCAAGGAGCGACGUGACCAGAUGGCCGAUGAACACUCAACCAACGAAGCGGAAUACCGAAAGGCUGUCGAUGAACUUGGUGCAAUCAAUGCUAGCUUGCGAACAGAGAAGAAUCACAUGCAGGAGGAAAUAGAGAAGAACACACAGGUGUUGGAUUCUAUGGAGCGAUCGUACAGGGAGUUACAAGAGGAGGUCAGUGGUUCGUUGAAACGUCAACAGAGCAUCGAGAGAGAACGUGAGAUCUACAAGCAACAAGCCGAACAAAUGGCUGGUCAACUCCAACAACUCAACGAUAGAAACAAGAAGCUACAAACUGAAAAUAGACAGUUGGAUCAAAUGCGAAACAAUGUUAGAGAACAACAUCAAGCAACGGAAUCAUCAAACAUCGAUUGUCUUAGAGAGAUUCUUAACAAGUUGAAUAUUGAGUUGGGUAUCGAUACUACUGCUACCACUCAAUCGUCAACAUCCUCCGCCGAUCCAUUCACAUUGAAAAACAAUAUCAUUGAUAAUAUCAAUCUAUUGCAAAAUGCGACAAGUCAAUUGUUGUCCAGCACCAUCACAGAGACAGAUAACAAGCUGACGGGUCAACUCGAACAAAUAUUGGAGGUGUUGAGCGAGAAGUCAACGCAAUUGGAGCAGCUCGAGAGGAAAUAUGAGAACCUGCAACCUGGAUAUCUGGUGGAGCUGGUUGGUAAUUCAAAGUUGGAGAAGGAUCGUCUCUCUGAGGAGCUGCGAAACACCCGCAACGACUUGGAGUCGAGAACUAGCGAUCUACAGGCAGAGCUGGCACAGAAGAACGAUGAACUCACUGCAUUGAAGCGUCGAUUCAACAGCGGCAUUCAAGUACCAAGUGAAAACAACCAGCUUCUUCAUCUGCGACAAGAGAUUUCCAGACUACAGAAAGCACACAAAGAUAGUGCCGAUCAACUACAGCAGGCCAGCAACAACCAAUCGAAACUGACUGAUGAAUAUAGCGCAAAGAUUGAAAGUAUGCGAUUCAACUAUGAAAUCAAAGUUGAAAAGAUGGAAAAGGAGAUGGAACAACUCAAUAAGGAGAUGAUUAGACAACAACAACAAGCAUAUCAACAGAAUCAACAGUUACAACAACAAUUACAAAGGGAAAGAGAGCAAUUACAACAACAAUUACAAAGAGAAAGAGAACAAUUACAUUUACAACAACAACAGCAACAACAAGAAUUACAACAACAACAACAAAAGCUAUUACAAACACCAAAUUCAAAUAAUAAUAAUAAUUUAUUCUCGAGUCGAUUAGCAAUUGACACUAUUGAUUUACCAAAAACACCAAAAACACCAUCUCGCAACAAGGUAUUACAGAAUUCACCUCAAUUCGAAAUCAAUCAAGAUGAUUUACAAAAACCUGAAACAUGGGCUCUUUUAAGAGAUAAAUUUGCUCAACUUUCAAAUGACUCUGAUAUCAAACAAGAGAAGCUGAAAUCACCAACCAAACCAUCAUUCUCAAACUCAAUCAGUACCUCACCACUAAAAGGAAGAGAAACCAGAGAAUCAAGGAAAUCUGGAAUGGCUACAAUGCAACAACAUAUUCAAUUUUUACAAUAUCUUUUAGAAAACAAACAAGCAAUUUCAUCACUUGAACAAAGUGUUCCAGAUUUCAAAAAUAAAAUGGACAAUGCAUUAAAUGAUAUAAAACAAAUGGAUAUAAAGAAGAAGCUAUUGGUCUAUGAAUUGCAAGAACGUACCGAUAAGUUACAUCAUGUCAUUGAUAGUUACAACAACUUGGUCACCUCUACACCGAUCGAUCCAACAAAGAGUGUAAACUCUGCACCGAAAUCAACAACCAAAUCUAUUAUGAAUACACCUACCAAUAACAACAACAACAACAACAAUAUCAAUCACAACCACAACCAAAACGGUAACAAUCAAGUUCUCUCUUAUAAACCAUUGUCAUCGUCACAGUUGACAUCGAGUCAGUGGAAUCAACGUAACAACCAAAAAGCAGUAUCAUUCAACAACACCAACACCAACAACAAAGAGAACAUUUCAACCGAUGAAUACAGUCAUAAUCAUAUCACUACCGAACCAAUUGCACCAAGAACAUCAUCGAUACGUCAGCCAAUGUCAAUCAAUGGUCAUAAUAGAACAAUAAGAAAAUAA